UGUGCCUUGGAAGAGGCACCCUGCUGCGGAGCCAAUAUGGCCGCUGCAUAAAACAAGAUUAUUUACCCCCUUUCGAAGCUUUAUAAAUCCAACAAAAAUUCUUGUAAAUUUACAUACGUUAUCCACAUUUUUUAGAGCAGUGUAUGCUGCACUGUAAUAGCCGCAUACGUGCUUUUAUUUGUGAAUUACGCGAUUCCUCACGACUUUCUGUGGCGUUUCUAUGAAAUAUGUGAAAUGACGCAGGGAUGACAUUGCCGGAGAUCGGACCAGCGUCUUCUCCGCACUGAUAGGGGGGUGAAAAUUUGACAUCGUCCACCCAAGACCACCCACGACACGCAAUGUCAGCUCCCGCCCAGGAACGCCAGGAGGCUGAUGGAGCAGCUCAGCAGCCGGCCGCAUCUCUCUUGGAGCCAGAUCCGAGUGAUCCGGAUCCGGAGAUUGGGAUGGAGGCUGACGGCGCCGCUGGUGCUGGUGCGACUGAUGCUCCGUCGCCGGCUCCGGUGAUCCCGGAGGGCGCGGAGGGGGGCACGGAUACCGCAGCGGAGGUCGCCCCCGAGACCACGCUCGCCCCCUUCGUCGCCCUCCCCAGCAUCAGCCUCCGCUCGGGGUCCGGCAUCCCCUCGCUGGAGCUCUGUGACGUCAUCACCACCAACACCGGCAGGGCGGAGCGGACGGAGACGCGACGCCAGGUUGAGGUCCAGCCAGCCAUAUCGUACGAGAUGGUGGUGGACAUCCAGGUGGCGCGCCACCUGCAGACGGUGAGGAGGAGGAGGGUAGCCCGCGCACAGCCCCCGCACUCUGUCAUGCCCAUGUCCAUCUGGAUCAAGCUGGUUCUGCCCUGA